GGUGCCGCUCAUCCUCACAUGUGGACACCGCUGUCUGGACUCUAUUAAGGGCUCGUCAAACGAGGCCGACACAGAGAGGAUCGACAACGUCAUUGGUGCAAGUGGUCAUUUAAUACGAGGUCUGAGAUUCACUGAGAUGUUACAGAGAACCUAAAAGACACAAAAGUCAGUGUCACCAUCUCAGAUCUGAUGAUGUGUCCUGCAGUGUGUGAAUGAGAACAAGGAAGGCUGUAAAGAUCUACCUGACCUGCUUGGUUUCUUACGGUGAGAGAAGGCUGCAAAAGACACAAACAAGAGGAGCUGAUUGGGAACCUGGAAGGGAAAAUCUGCAAAAAAUAAACAUCAGGAAGCCCUGCUGAGAACCCAUGAGACCUGCGUCUGGUCAGUCUGGUGAACACAGGAGUCCUGGCACAGAGACAAUGGAUGAAGAAAGAGCUCGGAGGCAGAGUCAUUUGGAGUACAUGAGGGCAGAAGUAAAGAAAAGAAUUCAGGAGAAAGAGAUGAAACUGGAGGAGAAGCAGCAGACAUUACAAAGCCUGGGGAUCGUUCAGAGUGUGAGGUCAGAGAUCCCCUUGGUGAGGUCAGAGAUCCCCUUGUCUAUGGCAGUUCAAAAAUUGAAGAAAGUGAGAAAGACUAGAGAGCUCAUUGAGCGACUGCAGAAGGAGAUCGAGGUGCUGAAGAAGCGAGAUGCUGAGCUGGGUGAGAGACCACAGGCAGACAACAACACCCACUUCCUCCAGAACUUCUUGUACUUCUGUGUUCCACCUGGAGAUGAAAACCCCACUGGGCUCCCCAAGACUCUACAGAAUCAGAGUCCAAAGGAGAAUGGCAACCAGGAGUUUCUGCAGAAAAAUAAGACCAGGGUCAACACUCCAUGCUAUGGCAUGCAAAAUGUCAGAGAAAGAGAUCAACUUUUGCAGUACUCCCACCCGCUCAACUUGGACCCCAGCACAGCUAACAUAUGGCUUCAUCUGUCUGCGGGAAACAAGAAGGUGACAUUUGGGGAAGCAGUGUCCUCCUAUCCUGACCAUCCUGACAGAUUUGACUGGUGGUUCCAAGUUCUGUGCAAAGAGCCUCUGUGUGGGACCCACUGUUACUGGGAGGUCGAGUGGAGUGGAGAGAAGGUCGAGAUUGGAGUCGCAUAUAAAGGAAUCAGCAGGAAAGGAUGUAAUUACCAGGGUCUAUUUGGGCGCAAUGACAAGUCCUGGAGUUUGUCCUGCUCUUAUUCCGGUUACACUGCGUGGCACGAUAAGGCAAAGACUCAAAUCAUAGCCCCAACCUGCGGUAGGAUAGGCGUGCAUCUGGACUGUCCCAAUGGCACUCUGUCCUUUUACAGCAUCUCAGACAGAAUGACCCUCCUGCACAGGUUUGAUAUUUUCUGCACUGUGCCUCUCCAUGCUGGGUUUUGGGUUGCACCAAACUCCAGUGUGACAAUCUGCUCUCUGAACCCAUGUGAUCACUGAUUGAUGGCAUCUGCAGGGCACGUCAUAUCUUCUGUCACAAUGGCUUAUUUUUUAUUUUGGAAUGAAGUGGAAAACACUUUGGGCCAGGUUGGAGUUCAUUUAUCAUUUCAUUUUUUGUAUAUGACACACACACACACACACACACAUACACUGAGCUGAGAAGUGAUGACUGUGAGCGCACUUCCAUUGCACAGACAUCAGGCUGAAUAUCCUUGGACAUUAGGUGGCCCCUUCUUUAGCCCAAAGUUCAUCUGAGUAUUCUCAAUGAGCACAAAGCAACACUCUCUUAAUAGUUUAAAAUUUAAAAUCAACCCGAAUUACAAUAACAUGCAAAACUACGGGUGCAAACAUCACAAGAGUCAACUCCAUAUCAGCCAAAAUUUGAAAUCCUAAUUCAGUCUGUAGUCAUUAAAAUAGCGAGUGUGAGUCAGACUUCACUAACGACGGAUAAACUCAUCUGAAUUUUGUUACAAUCUUACCGGUUCUCCCUCCUUGACUCUGGUCUGGUUUUGUAUUCAUUCAUUGUUUUCUUUUCUCUCUUAAUUUCUUAUAUCAUCAGCCACACUUUUCUGAGAAUUUUGUUUUGAUUGGCUGGACUGUCUUCCCCAGACAGACACAUGUGAAAGCCUGAUGAUCACAGUGGUCAAGUUUCAGCCUCGAUUAUUCUGUUUCAUUCUUUUUUUUCUAGGGGUUAAGAAAACUACACCACUCUCUGCUUGCAUCAAAACAGAUCAGUUGUUAAUUAUUAAACGUUCGGAAGUCUUCUUCUCUUUUUUCCUGAUUUUUAUUCUCACUAAUAUUGUAUAUUUACUUUAAAUCUGGCCCAUUGGCACAGUGGUUAGCCCUGCUGGCUCACAGCUACUCCGUUCAAACCCCAGCCUGGUUGUUGUCUGUGCAGUUCUUUCAGUGUCUCUGUGGCUUUUUCUACAUUUUCCCUUCCCUUCACACUGUCCCAUGUUUAAUAUCAGUUGUUGUACCAAAAUCAGAAAUUUCCAAUUUAAUUGAUAAAUUGGCUAAACAAUCCACUGGAGUUUUCUCUUUAUUUUGGAAUUAGCCAAAGUAGUAACUACUUUGCGAAGAAUAGUCUUUUGGAAAUUCAGCAUGGCUGCACACAACCCACAGAGAGUGAAGAGGUCCUGCUUUGGCCGGUGAAAAACUCUGUGCACAUCAGUCACGGUCCCCGUUGUCACAGAUGGCUGUUGGGUUGUCUCCCCCAUUUAUAUGUUUGCUCCCCAACAUGCCAUUUAGCAAUUUUAGGUUGGACAAAUGGGAACACGCAUGCAAGUGUUUGUGAAAAUUAGUUCAGUUGUUUUUUUGUGUGAUUGGUGAACAGACAAACAAAUGACAUUUCUUUUCUUAUCUUUUAACUCUCUAAACUCAUAAAUACUUAAACAAUAAGCAACAAGAUAGAAGUGCAGCUGUAAUGACGCCUUCUGUGUUUCUGUCCACUUUUGCUUUGUACAAAGCAGUUUCUCUUCUUAUCUCUUGACUCUCUAAACUCAAUGAAUACUUGAAUAAUAAGCAACAAGGCAGAAAAGCAGGUGUAGUAAACAUACGUACGUUAAAGAAAUCCUGAACAAAGCAUGUUUAAUUCAAGUGUUGUUUACCUCUGCAGCUCUUAUGCACAUGUAAAAAUGCUAACAGUUUACCGCAUUUG